CCAACAUUAAAACAGCUAGUAAGAGGAGGUAUACCAGAUCAAUAUAGAAAACAGAUCUGGAGACAGUUAGUGUACAGUAGAGUACAGGAUAUUAUUACAGAGAAAGGACCACAUUAUUAUAGAAACUUAUGUAACAUGUUGCCAGAUUCACCUGUAACAAGAUACAGGAAACAGAUAUCAUUAGAUUUAAUGAGAACUAUGCCUAGUAAUGUUAAAUUUGCUACUUCAGGCUCAAGAGGGAUUAUGGAUUUACAAGAUGUUCUGCUGGCCUUCUGUAUACACAGUCCUGAUAUUGGCUAUUGCCAGGGAAUGAACUUUAUUGUUGGCAUGGCACUCCUAUUUAUGGAUGCUCAUGAUGCAUUUUGGACAUUGGUAGCUGUUACAGAGAGAUAUUUCACUAGCAAUUAUUUUGAUCAUAAUUUAGUGGGAGCCCAGGCUGAUCAACAAGUCUUAAAAGAUAUAGUAGCAGAGAAACUCUCUACAACAUCUAAACAUUUAGAUGCUAUUGACAUCGAAAUAUCGACUGUGACGUUAAAUUGGUUCCUAGCUAUAUAUUUUGAUGCUGUUCCUUUUAUGGUAAGUAAUACAUUGUUAAGAAUAUGGGAUUGUUUUCUGAUGGAAGGACCAAAGGUUUUAUUCCGAUUCUGUCUAGCUAUAUUAAAGAUGAAUGAAAGAGAGAUUCUAAUGAAGAAUGAUACUAUUAGUGUAAUGAGACAUCUGAAAUCUUGUGCUAAAAUAACUUAUGAUAUUGAAGGUUUGAUUAAGAUUGCAUUUGAAGAUUUAAGGCCCUUUCCUCAUCGCCAGGCCAUUAAAAGUAAACAAGCAUUUUAUUUGACUUCAUUAAAAGAGAAGUAUAAGAGAAGAGAAUUACAGAAGAUGGCUUUUGCUGAACGUGAACAAAUGGUGAGUUUGAAUGCACAGUUAAAGAUGGGUUCCAUUAUUUUCAUUUAUGACUUUUAUGAAUAG